AAUAAAGCCGUAGUAUGGGCUACAAUAGCUACUGGAAGUACUCAUACUCAUACUUCAGAGUUUUUGAGCAUAAUGAAUAUUCCUGGGCAAUCAAGCAGCCUCUUUUACAAAAGUUCUAUAUAGGUAUGGCAGGAUUCUUUGAUUAUUGCAAUAGAAGAGGCCACAGUAGAAGAAAAAGAAAUGACCAUUGAAAGAGGUAACAUUGAUGAGAAUGGUGUCCCAUUUAUAACAGUAUUAUUAGAUGGAGGAUGGUCCAAGAGAAGCUAUGGGCAUACCUACGAUGCAUGCUCUGGGGUAGCUGUUGUCAUUGGCAAAAUCAGAGGAAAGCUUUUGUUUGUUGUAGU